GAGCAACCCAAACACGGAAGAAGCAGAAGAAGAGGCAGCAGAGGAGAAAUCUGUUGUUUUAGGACGUGGUGCUCGACUUCUUGACUGAAAUCAUGAUUUUAACACUAAUAACCUCUAUAUUGUUCUGUUUCGGGUCUGUUUUUACAGAUGAAGUUCCUCCUCCUCGGAAUCUGGAAAUAAAAUCAGAGAACCUUGGUCUUGUUUUGGAUUGGGAUCCACCACAGUCUACCACUGAGAAAGACUUUAGAUAUACAGCUGAGUACAAAUCAUGGAAUUCAUUUAAAGCCAUGUGUAAGAAUGAGUCAUCACUGAGCUGCGAUUUCACCAGUGAUGUCACCCCUUUUGGAACAUACACACUACGUGUACGGACAGAACUGAACGGGAAAAGCUCAGUUUGGAUCGAAAUUGAGUGUCAACCUUUGGAAAAAAUCACUGUUAUUGGAGCUCCAGUUGUGAAGCUGCAGAGCAGAAGAGGGAAAAUGGAGGUUGACAUCAUCAAACCAGCCCUAAGGAAAAGCAGCUUUAAGGAUGUUUAUGCAAAGAUUUUAUAUUGCAUUCGUUACUGGACCGAGGGACAGAAAGAAGUGGAGGAGGAGUUAGUGGACCAGAGCAGAGUGAUGCUUAUGAACCUUUUACCAGAAGUGCGCUACUGCAUGCAAGUGGAGAUCAGGUUGAAUGAUGGAAAAUAUAGCCUCCCGAGUAAUAUCACCUGUGAAAUGAACACCGCCAGUGAUGAGGUGGAGUCAUGGCUGAUAACAGUGGUGCUGUUUGUCAGUUUUCUGGUCACUCUGUUGUCUGUCCUCCUGAUUUUCCUGGCUGUAUGGUAUGGCUACAGAGGAAUCCGAUUUCUGCACCCACCUGCCAAACUACCUGAGCACUUUAAACAGUACCUGUCAGAGCGUCCCAUUUCAUCCAUACUGCUGGCCAUGCAGAACAGUGCUGAGCCCAAGGAGCUUUACCAUGAGUUCAGCAUCAUCACUGCUCAAGAAGUUCCUCCUGAAUUCAAGCAGAAAGAAAGCGCAGACACAACUCCGCUUAGUGUGGACAUGAAGGAUGUUCACUCCGAACUAGAAGGAAAACAGAGCUGGCAGGAGUGGACUUCCGACAGAUUACAUUAUAAUAAUAUGCUUCAGGAUGAGAGUCAGUCAGCAGGUGCUUUGAAGGAGCUUCUUCUGCAAUAAGUUGACAUAACUUCAAUUCAGUUUUAUAUUCCAAAGACCUUUUUCACAUUGAAAACUUCUGUCCAUUGUUAGCAUGCAGAGGAUUGAGAAAAGUUUUAUGCAUCAUUUUUUAUUAUUGGCCAGGGUUGUUUGAAAGAGUUUAGUGAAAAUGAAUACUUCUCUGAAUCAGUAUUUUACAUGAGUUAAAUAAAUAAAUAAAUAAAUAAGCCAUUUUUAUCAUUUCCACAUACAGGGACAGUUUGCUAGGAAAAGUUUACAAGGUUGGUUUUAGUCUGCGUUGUUUAAUGAAAGUGAAUGAACUAUUGAGUGGAAUUCAUUUUUCAUCUUGCACUUUAUAUGUAUAUUUUUAUUUUAUUAUAAUAAAUUUCCAGUAUGGCUACAUACAGUAUUGCUGAUGUGUAUCAGGGUGCAGGCACUUACGGAUGCAAGCGCAGGGGAGAGCGUGUGCAUCACAAACUGGUAACCAAAUCCAAAACAGCAAUCUGAAGCCGUAGUUGGGGACAGGCAAGGGUCGGUCGAUUUGCAAACAGAGUGUCAAAGAGCGGGUGAGUAAAUGGAAUUGGAAAUAAACGUAAACAAAGUCAAAGCACUAGUAGUCAGGCAGAAAGUCAGAAGGCUCGGUAUGAUCAGGCACAGGGACACAGAAUGAUACUUCACGAUGAGUGUUUAUGACUGCUGGGCUUAUAUAGGGAAGUAAUUAUGGGGAAAUGGGAAACAGGUGCACUUCCUAGUAUUCAGGCCAUGAGGGGCGCUGUGGUGCUUGGGAGUUGUAGUCUGGAGCGACCAUGUUUUCAGUGCUGUUACUGACAAUGUGUUGUUGGCUCAAUUCAAAGCUACUCAGCACAUAACCAGUCAUAAUAUUAUAGACAGUUCUGCAUAUUAUAAACUGUCAUUUUUAUGUAUAUGUGAUUUUACAUGUUUUUCCAACACAGUGUGCAGAAUUAGCAUGUACUUGUAUUAGUAUUUUAUGUUCAUAUUUCCUCUGUUGUAGUUGUUGAGGUUUAAUCUAGUAUAUGGGGGCUCAUGCUGAAUGAACAGCUCAGAUUUUAGGAUAGUGACUUGAAGGUUUUAAGCUGAAAUCCCAGCACUAUGAAGUCUUUGAGCAACACCCUUAAACCUCACCUGAUCAGCGAUAACAAAUGCUAGUAAGUUGCUUUGCUUGCUAAACUAUGAUUUAAUAUUACCUUUGUGUGAUUGAACUCAAUUUUAAUCCUGUUUAAUCAUGAUAUUAGCUACAUGUGCUGUGUUAAUGGAGUGUUUAUUAUUAAUAAGGUUGGCCCAUUGUACACUUGCAGGUCAACUUUUCUACAUGUGAACAACACUUUGGUUUGUCAUGAAGCUCUUUGAAAAAUAGUGUGCAAAAUAAAUAAAUGAUUUUAAAGAA